UGGAUGUACUCCCUGCCCCAGCACCUGCCCGACCAGGCAGCGCUGGGCAGAAGGGCCGGGCCCGGGGACAACCUGGAGGAGGUGACAACGUGCAGCCCGGCCACCCCAUGCGCCCACGGGCACUUCUGUGACGAGCACUUCGGGCUGUGCCUGCCCAGGCGCCCCGCGGGGCAAUAUUGCCGCCGGGACCCCCACUGCGCCCCCGGCCUCCUCUGCAUCUUCGGGAAGUGCCAGCAGCCCGUGCCCCACGGGCAGGAGGGAUCCCGGUGCCAGCGGGACGAGGAUUGCGGGGCCGGGGGCUGCUGCGCGAGGCAGCACGGGGAGCGGCUCUGCCAGCGGCGGCUGGAGCUGGGACAGAGCUGCCACGUCCCCCCCGGGGGUCUCGCCUUCAGCAUCAACCAGCUCUGCCCCUGCCAGCCCGGGCUGGUCUGUCGGGCCACCGCGCCCGGGCGAGAGAAAGCGUUCGAGUACUGGCCGGAGAAGAGCGAGUGGCGGUGCCGGCAGCGCUGAGCCCGCAGCUCCGCCUGUAUUCCCUGUAAAUAGCGUGUCGGGAACCCGGGAACCGGCCCGGGCGCCGCGGAGGGAUGGUGACCGGCACCGGGGCGGGAUGCUGACCCGCAUCCCGGCAUCGGGGUCGCCAGAGCCCCGCUGAGCCCUGCCGAGGGUCCUCGCCCCCUCCCAGGAGCCGGGCAGGUCCCAGCUCCUGCCCCCCGAGCACCCACCCAAGGCCCAUCCCAAGGAGAGAGGCUGGGGGGUCAUUGCAGAGCUGAGUUGUGCCCGGUCUCAGCACUGCCUGCAAACCCCCUGUGUGUGUGUCCCCCUCCCCACGCAGCCCCCCCAGGCACGGCCACGGGGCAGGUC